AUGUAUGUUUGUAUGUAUGUAUGCAUGUAUGUAUGUAUGCAUGUAUGUAUGUAUAUAUGUAUGUAUGUGUGCAUGUAUGCAUGUAUGUAUGUAUAUAUGUAUGUAUUUAUGUAUGUAUGUGUGUAUGUAUGUAUGCAUGCAUGUAUGUUUGCAUGUGCGCAUGUAUGUAUGUAUGCAUGUUUGUAUGUAUGUAUGUAUGUGCGGAUGGAUAGAUGUAUGGUUGGAUGGAUGAAUGAAUGGAUGGAUGGAUGUAUAUACAUACGAUACUUCUGUAAAAUUAGAUAG